AUGAGCCUCGAAGCUAAGGAAGGUCGCGCCCGCCCUUCUCAAGUUGACGACCACCUGCUGAAGGCAAUCAUCGAAGAUGAUCCGCUUAAAACGGCACAAGAGAGUCCCCAAAAACUAGAUGUUAAACAUUCAACAGUCGUUCGGCAUUUGGAAAAAAAAUUGAGAAGGAUCUAUAAGGAAGACGCUUCCAAGAAAUUUCCGAGGCUGAAAGUGCACUAUGGUGACUAUGUGCUGGUGUGCUACAAGUGUAAUCCACUACAGCUUCAUGAAACUGGCGAGACCAUCACCACAGAGAACUACUACAAAGAACUGGACGAAAUGCACCGAAAACUCCAACUCCUUCUCCCUGCGUUAGUGAACAGAAAGGGCCUGAUUCUACUACACGGCACUAGCGGCCACGCAUUUCAAAUGUGA